GGUACAGACGGGACGCGUACUUAGCUCGGCUUUUAUCACUUUUGUGUCUUUCGCCCCUCACUUUUCUCCAUCCCACAGAUUACGGACGGAUAGACACCGUACUGGAUAUUAAACAAUUCCCCGCGGUGGUAUCGAUAUUUAUUUUAGUAGAGCUGGAUCAUAACGGAACAUUUAUUUCGGAUAUUUAUUGAAUAAUUUUUUCUAGUUCUAUCUUCAAUUAAUAAACAGUGUUGUUUGCCAACUAGGUUAAUUUGCUAAAAAAAACAAAGAAAAGAAGGAACAUAUCGGAAUCAAUUUAAAUUGCAAAAAAUAUUUCUGCUUCAGAAUUCAGGUGGACAGUGCUCCUAAGUAUAUUUAUCAAAAUAUACAGUUUGUUUAAAAGGAAGACAUUUUUAGACUGAUUUUUCAUGCACGGAAGUAAGUGAAUUUCAAGCCACCGCAUUUGCUCAAAUUUAUCCAAUAUUUUCUAUGAGAAAUAGAAACCUGCCAAAAGUGCCUGGACAUUGCUCAAAUUACUAUAAUAUUUAUUUGUGAGCUUUUAAUCAUCGAACUUUGAAGCUUUUGUUGAACUUAUUUAUUAAUAUAAAAAAACUUGUUUCUAAGUGCUGCACUAGCAAUGUGUUUUGCAUCUUAAGCUCAUAAAUAGGACUUUCUCAUUAGGACAUGACUUCCCUUACUCUUCUCGGGGGUCCAUUGGACCCCAGCCAUAUGAGCAUGGGCUCUACCCCAACAACCACCUACCUCUUGACCACUACAUCUCAAACUACAACGACAGCAUCUACGACAAACUCUUCUCAGCGCACAACGACAGCGACAGCCAAAAUAGCCCCCAAAAGACUCCAAUCAACCUCCAAGAGGCGUUCUCAUGCUGCGGCCGCCCCUGCAGUGGCGCGGCGAAAUGAACGCGAACGCAACCGCGUGCGUCAAGUUAACCUGGGGUUCGCUACCCUUCGGCAACACGUGCCCAAUGGAGCCAAGAGCAAGAAGAUGAGCAAGGUAGAAACAUUGCGGUCAGCAGUCCAAUACAUUAAGCAGUUGCAACGGUUGUUGAACGAUGAGGAAGGAACGCUGGAUGACGAAAAUAGUGCGCCCUCAUCUUAUGAAGAACAGUUCCACGGGGCAUACGGAGAAGGACUUUUGCAGCUGGGCGGAUCGCCGGACCCUUCGCUGGGCAGUGAUGCUAGCUCGCCGUACGACAGCCUCAGCCCGGAAGAUGAAGAGCUGUUAGAUUUUACGACGUGGCUCUCCUAACAAAUAUCUUCUAACCAAUGACUCCCAUCCUGCCAAACGAAAGAAGCUCACCCAUGCAUUGGUUUCCUUGCUGUAUGGAAGCUAAAGAAACCGCAAAUGGAUCAUCCGAGUCGAUUCCAGUAUAAGAAAAAAGAAGACAUAAAAAGAAAUUGGAAUAAUUAAAAGCAUGGUUGUCUGCUCUCUAUGUGCUUUUUUUUUUUUUUUUUUUUUUUUUUUUUGCAAAACGAACUCUAGGAAACCUGUCUUCUGCAAAACUGUAAGAGUCCAACCAUGAUUGUAGGCCCGGAUCUUCGGACCAAGGCCUGCGAUGACCAUCCAUGCACAAAACUCUUCGAAUCCCCUCAAAAACUAUUCUUUUUUCCACUGUGCCGGCGGCCAUGUUCGACGUGGUCGGACUUCCGGUCUUCAGGCGGAAGUUCGUGCAACUUCCAUUCCACAUCGAAGGAUUUCCUGAACGGACCACAAAGAACAAAAAAAAAAAAAAAAAAAAAAAAGGAGAAGGGAAUAGUUCUUCAGAUCCCUUUUUUUCUUCCGAUUCGAUUCUCGCUCCUUCCCGCUUUGUGCCAAGAGAGGAAAGAAAUCGAAAAGAUCAGUCAAGAAAAAUUAACUCGAUCAGCAGUGAUUCUUAGUAUUUUUUUUUUAGUAGUGGGAUUGUCCCGGUUUUCACCAAUGAUAGAGUCAUGUAAGAGAACUCUUUUUACGCGGACGCACAGUGUGUUCCAGUUUUAAAAAAUGAGCUUAAUUUUUUUUUCAGAUUUUUUUUUUUUUUUUUUUUACUUAUUAUUAUCCAUACUCACAGUUGAAUGUGUGGACUAUAUUGCUCACUUUUUCUUAUAAAUGUUCCCUUGUCCGAAUAUGUUAAAUGUUACAGUCAAGCCUAUCAGUGCCUAUAAAUAAUCAUGGAAAUUCAUUCAAUUUGUAGCAAUGUCUAAUGUUUGUUUUGAUUUUUUUUU